AUGUCGAAUCAAGCUGAAAACGAAAAUCAAUCGGUCAUGCUUCGAAUUGAUACCGUUGAUCAAGAUGACAAUGAAGGAUUACGAACUCCUCCUAAAUCUGAACUUUCAUUAGACAAGAUUCAAACACAAACCCGCUCUUCAAUGGUUAGACAAAUCUCGAUGGACCAAUGUCCGACUUCAUCCAAUUUGGAGGAAAUAAAUCCGUUUGUGGAAAAACACUCUGGCACUACACAAGGAGGUGUUGGCUCUUUACGCUAUGAUUGUCAAGAUGACGAUGUACCAAAAGACGUUGUCACAGACGAUGAAAAUGAUGAACAAAAUGAUUUUAUAGGAACAACGGAAUCUGACAAUUCUCCAAACAGUGUAAACGAAGAUUUAUUCUCUUCUCCAAAAACUUCUUUUCGCGUUCCUCCCGGUACGCCAUACGAUGAAAAGAAUAAUCAAAAAUCAUUCAUUGCCGGUUAUAAUGGCGGUCAAAUCGGAAUUGGUCAUCGUAGAAAUGACUUUUAUGAAGAACAACAACAAGAAGGAGAGGAUGAAAGUCAAUUUGACACUUCAACUUCGGCUUUUUUGACAACUUCCGAUACUUUUGGUUUACCUUUCCCGCGAAAUUUUUCAUUGAGCAUGCCAAAUGAUUCUUCAACGCCAAAAGAACGUCAACAUGCACAACAACAAUCCGAUUGUGAUACAGGCGAUAGUAACGUUGAAAACGAACAAAACGAUAGUCUCUCUUCACUCUUUCCAUUGCAAAAGACGAUCAACAGGCCACGUCAACCAAGUUUCCCUAUGCGCUUGACCGCUUCUCUACUCUUGGCAAAAGGACAAGAGGAGAUUGCAGAAAACACCUCUUAA